AUGUCGUCGUUCAACAAGAAUAUGGUCGUCAUCCCCAUCACUGCUGCUAGUGAUGGGGAUGUGAGUACUUGGCCGGGGAGCCCAUAUACUCACCGGGACGACGAUAGCUGGCGUCAGAAGCUGGCAGAAAAUUGGGUGAAAGAUGCAGGCGCUUGUCAACAAGAGAAGGAGGCCGCCGUCCUCCGGGAGAAACGUCACAAUCGUUUCGUGGAGAAGUGCGUGAAUAACCCCGCUUGGGCUCGCGGGCUCAGCAAGGACCAGGUGGACGAGGCCAAUCAGCGCUUUCGCUCCUGGGUCGCUGGCACUGGUGCUGUGGCGGGCGCUGGAUCCGAGGGAGCUUCGGCCCCUGCUGGCCAGGAUGUGGAGAUGGCUGAGUAG